GUGAGAUUCGGGGUCGCUUCGUACGCCCAUCACUUCCUAGUUAAAGAUGGCGGAUCAGAAUGAGACAGCACGGAAACCGGAGCAAGAACAGGAGGUAGAAGAGAAUUAUGGACACUGCAGCGACUGCGAAAAUGAAGACCAUCACCUCAACGACGGUGACCAGAGCCGGGGGGAUGAGAGCGGCGCCAAGAAAAAGAAGAAGAAACAGAAGAAGAAGAAGGACAAAGCGGGGAGCCAGGACGGAGCCCCGGACCCGUUAGCCAAAGUGAACUCACUACCUCCAGAAAAGCUUCAGGAGCUUCAGACUGCCAUCGAGCUGUUUUCUCUGGGAAAAGGUCCUGCCAAAACCAUGGAGGAGGCCACUCACCGCAGCUACCAGUUCUGGGACACUCAGCCUGUCCCCAAACUAGGUGAGCUGGUGACAUCACACGGUUCCAUUGAACCUGACAAAUCUAGCAUCCGCGAGGAGCCCUACAGCCUUCCACAGGGCUUCACCUGGGAUGCCCUGGAUCUGGGGGACCCUAGCGUGUUGAAAGAGCUGUACACCCUGCUAAACGAGAACUAUGUGGAGGAUGAUGAUAACAUGUUCAGAUUUGACUACUCCCCAGAGUUCCUGCUUUGGGCCCUGCGUCCUCCGGGUUGGCUUCCCCAGUGGCACUGCGGGGUUCGGGUGAACUCCAAUCAGAAGCUGGUGGGCUUCAUCAGUGCUAUUCCGGCCAACAUCCGCAUCUACGACACGGAGAAGAAGAUGGUGGAGAUAAAUUUCCUCUGUGUCCACAAGAAGCUGCGCUCCAAGCGGGUGGCCCCGGUGCUCAUCCGAGAGAUCACCAGACGGGUCAACCUGCAGGGAAUCUUUCAGGCCGUCUAUACGGCGGGGGUGGUGCUGCCCAAACCCGUGAGCACCUGCAGGUACUGGCACCGCUCCCUGAAUCCGCGCAAGCUGAUCGAGGUGAAGUUCUCGCACUUGAGCCGGAACAUGACUAUGCAGCGCACAAUAAAACUCUACCGUCUGAAUGAGGCCCCGAAGACAGCGGGGCUGCGGCCCAUGACCAGGAAGGACGUGCCGGAGGUGCACCGCCUCCUGCAGGAGUAUCUGCGCCAGUUCAACCUGGCUCCCGUCAUGAGCUGCGAGGAGGUGGAGCACUGGCUGACUCCUCAGGAGAACAUCGUCGACACCUUCGUGGUGGAGAACGCACAGGGCGCGGUGACGGACAUUGCGAGCUUCUACACGCUGCCGUCCACCAUCAUGAACCACCCGGUGCACAACAGCCUGAAGGCGGCCUACUCUUUCUACAACGUGCACACCACCACCCCCCUGCUGGACCUCAUGGGUGACGCUCUCAUCCUGGCCAAAUCGAAAGGAUUUGAUGUCUUCAAUGCACUGGAUCUGAUGGAGAACAAGAACUUCUUGGAGAAGCUCAAGUUUGGUAUUGGUGAUGGGAAUCUGCAGUAUUACCUGUACAAUUGGAAGUGUCCCAGCAUGAGCUCAGAAAAGGUGGGCUUGGUGUUGCAGUGACCCUCAGGCGCCACAGCUGGACUAGGAGACGACACCAUGCUCUGACCACCGGACGGAUUGGACUGCUGGGCCUCCCGCUUCAGAGAACCCACCUUCCAUUUUUACUUUUGAACUUUGACCUUGACCUGCACUGCCGCUGUAUUGGGAGACCGGAAAGCCCCGCCCUCCCUUCGCAUGGAGCUGAAGCCAUUUCCUUGAUCAUUCAGACAAUUGCAAAAACCGAAGACCAUCACGACUGUAACACACACACACACACACACACAGGUAUCACAUGGUAAAUUCAUACACACAGUUAGUACUUUUCUCCACCACCAUGAAUGCUUUUGCAAAAAAAAAAAAAAUUAUUUCAGGUGAGCCAGAGCAAGUUUUAGAAGAAAGAAAAAAUACAAAUAAUAAAUAACCAAAAUGGACAAAAGGCAAGGCUACUGUCAGUUUUAUUCAGUAAGUAUGUGGCUUGACCCUGUUGGUUCUCUGCUCCCCCUUCGCUCUUUGGAAAUGGUACAUUGAGAUAUAAUUGAGAGGUUUUGGUUACUCCUUGUAUGUUGCUUGUUUUAAGGCAACUGCAACCUCUUAGCCCAGGACUAUCAUCGCUUUGGAGGGAGAGAGGUCUCCUGAAGGCUGACUGGUUUAAACUGGAAACUGCCUUGGCUUGGAUCAGUCUGACCUGGCAGGCUGUGAUAGGAGGGGGAGUAGAUUGCUGGUGAACAGUGUAAUGAGCUGAUUGGAUGAGUGCACAUGGGGUGACUUAAAAUAUACUACAGUUGAGUGUAAGCAAAAUGUAUUGGAAUAUGGGUGGGGGUACCAAGGCCCCAAAUUAUAAUGCUGUUUUUUGAUGGAAUGCCAAAGAAAAAGUCUUCUGGAAGAUGGCCGACAUGGUUUUUUGGUGAAAAGGAGAUUGUUUCCAAAGAUGCAGGUUUUUGUGCAAAAUAAAAAAAAGAAAUCUGAA